GAUUUCAAUUCGGUUGACGACGCGAUCAAUGAUUUAGAAAAAGCCGUCAGCCUCGACAACAAAUACGCGCUUGCCUAUUCAUAUCUCGGUUUAGCCAAACUUUAUAAAGAUUCGGUUUCGGGUUUGACGGAAAUGAAUCGCGCCAUCGAACUUCAACCGAAAUCAGCCGUUUCAUAUUUUAACCGCGCAAGCUUUUACCAAUCGCAACGAGAGUUGAAAAAAGCGAUUGCCGAUUACACGCAGGCGAUCUUACUGCACGGAACGAAACCCGCCUAUUACAACGCACGCGGAAUGGCGCAUUUCCGAAGCGGCGACGGCGUGGCGGCGGUUCAGGAUUUUUCGACCGCCGUUGCUCAAAACCCGACCUUUGCACGCGGCUAUUUCAAUCGCGCUUACACUUACAAAAAGUUCCCUGCCGCCGCCGCCGACCGUGUUUCCAAAGAUUCCGUUUUUGAAGGCAUCGCAUUACAGUAUCGAAAAAUGAUGAGCGAUUUCACGCUGGCGAUCAAAUACAAUCCGAAAUUUGCCGAAGCCUACAUCGAACGCGGACUGAUGCGUUCGACCUCGACCGGCAUCAACAUUGACGGUCUGGACGCGGAAACGAUUGCGGAAUUAAAUCUUGCGCUUGCCGAUUUUCAGCAAGCCAUUAAGUUAAACCCGAAAUCCGCCGAAGCCUUUAACGGUCGCGCAAGCUGUUACGACCAACUCGGCAAGAAGGAUUUGGCAUUAGCCGAUUACACCAAAGCCAUCGAACUCGACCCGAAUCUCGCCACCGCGUAUAUGGGCAGAAUGGCGAUCUAUUGCGAAAUGGGCAAAAAGGAACUUUCCUUUGCC